AUGACACUAUCCGAUUUCAAAGUUGCCAUUAAGAAAAGAGUCGUCUUGAAUGCACUCAGUACUCCAGGUCUGGAGUGUUCAACUCAAGCUGAACAAGAUGAUAUCUUGAAAACUUUAAUUGAAAUUUCGAAAACCAACCAAUAUUAUAGCAUGUGUGUUUUGAAGAAACUCAUAAGUUUUUUGGAAACCUCAGAAGUUGAAAUAAACGAGGACUACUACGAGUACCUCAUGGAAUGGCUAAAUUCACAACCACUCAAGCCAACAGAUACGGAUAUAAUUAUCUACACUUUAACACAUGAUUUCGAAAUUAGGAUCCGAGAAUCUCCUAACAUCAUUUCCGGAUUGGGAACGACUGGACUACGGACCUGGGAAGCUUCCAUCUUUCUAGCGCAGUACUUUUGCGUGAAUAAAAUCUUAACUGGUGAUCUACUUGAGUUGGGUUGUGGCACAGGGUUGGUCAGUGCUAGUUUGUUGAAAGACCAACAUGUGAAAAACUAUGGGAAAAUGUUUGUCACCGAUGGAGAUUCUCAAUUGCUUGAAACGGUGAAGGAGAAUCUCAUACUUAACGGUAUAAAUCAUGAUGAAAACAAUUUUGAAAUUAGGCGGCUAUUUUGGGGUGAAGACGAACUUCCUAGCAGUGUACAAACAAUUGUUGCAGCAGAUGUGACCUACGAUAGUAGUAUUAUUCCCAAUCUUCUUCGGGUCGUAAGAGAGGGAUUCAACCAAAAUGUGAAGGAUGUGUACCUUGCGGCUACGCGACGUAAUGAAGAUACAUUGGCUGUUUGGGAGCAAGGCCUCAAUGACGGCGAAGCAGCACACCUCUGGUCUUGGACUGUUGCCUCUAGCACAAAAGAAGGCGAUAAUGUACUUUUAUAUGGAGCACAUACUCCUAGGAUUGAUAUAUAUCAUCUUCAAAAAAUUCAAAGCUAA